UCGCGCCUCUCAGCAUGUUCCUGUCGCUCCGCCUGCUCCUCCUGGCUCUUUGGCUCACUCUCCAUGGCAGAGUGGAAACCGGGACAGUCGUCGGGGGCCACAAGGCCGCGCCGCACAGCCGGCCGUACAUGGCGCUGCUGGAGAUGACGACGGCGGACGGAAAAACCCAACACUGCGGCGGCUUCCUUUUGACGGAGGAUUUCGUGAUGACUGCGGCCCACUGCAACGCCAGCAACUACACCGUGUACCUGGGACUUGACAAUUACCGAAACAGAGCUGAAGCACAGAAAUUAAGUGUGAAAAAAUCCUAUCCACAUGAAGAAUUCAAUUUCAAUGACGUUAAACAUGACAUUAUGCUUCUUCAGUUGAGCACCAAUGCAGAAUUCACUCGGACUGUGAGCCCCAUUGAUUUGGAGAGGGCGGACGUGCCCGAUCCCCGCUCGUGUGCCGUGGCCGGCUGGGGGAAAACCAACAGGGACAAAGGCCACAUGUCCCACGUCCUCAGGGAGGGCAACGUGAAACUCAUCGACGCCGCCGAGUGCGCGGAGGACUACUGCUCCAGCGGAGCGACGGCACCCGGCGGGGGGGACUCCGGGGGGCCGCUGGUCUGCGGGAACGGGGCUGGGAAGGUGUACGGAGUGAUUUCCGCAUACAAUUCGCAUUCGAAAAUAAAUUAUUACAUCAAGAUUUCCAACUACAACAAGUGGAUCGAUUCGAUCAUGAAGAAUGGAUCACAAUCCGGCAUUUGAAUUUUCUGUUGGCAACAAAUCGUACGGCUGAUGAUCCAUAUCACAUUUUAAUGCUUUUGCAUCGAUUCACACGCAGAUUUAUUGGCGCUUUAAAAUAAAUAAUUGAUACAAAUUACGCUUUUGUUUAGCAAGAUGAAUGAAAUCAACGAAAAAAAAAUUCAAGGCCUUUCAUGGCACAUACAGUGGUAUAGAAUUAGAUUAAAUACCAUCAAAUAUAUGUAUGUUGUACACUGUACUGCUUUUAAAUGCAACAUUAAAUAAACUGGUGCUUUGUGCAGCUGGAGAA